GUGGGACAUGAGAACGCAGAUGGGUUGCAUACUUAUGUUGUCGGAAGGAUCGUUCAGACGAAAAACACCGCGGUUAGUAAGAUUCGAUUAGAAAUGGACUUGAUGUAUUUCUACAUAGCUCGCCGAUAUCGAUGCCUCAUUGUUCCUGCAUGUUUUCUCACUGCCAGAAGCUAGCAAUCUCCGUUCCUGCACCCGCUGCUAUCACCCCGGCGGCUGUGACAACACUGAUCUUCUCAGGUCAGGACAAUAAGCUGAACGUGGCAACUUUUUGGUUCUAUUCUUCUGCCUGUAACCUCGACGUGCUGUCCGCGUCUUAAGCUCCUCAGCUGACGACACAUUGUGCUGCCUCGUUUCUUCGUGUACCUCGGCCAUUUGUCUCUAUAUUUUAUCCACUACGCUUCGGCCGGUUCGAUAAGCACCCGUCAUGCCUUCACACCUUCAAAGUUAUGAUAUUCUCCUCGAUCUCACAAACGAUAUGCACGACUCCGUUUCAAUCCAGCUUUUACAGGACUACGGACGCGGUAUGGGUGCAGUCGUUUUAUUAAGUCCAACAGAAACGGUCACUCUCGUGCUCGAGUCUGGGUCUGCUUAUCGAUAUGCAGUAAAGUCGCGCACCAAGGUCGCCAAUGUUACCGCACGAUCGUGGCGAGACACGCAUUGCUAUAUCUCCCACUUGUUCAGCAGCAGACCAUCGGAAUCAACGGCAGACCUAGAUCAUCCCGUCAACGGAAUUAGUGUUGAUCGUCUCUGGCGUGAUCAUCGAUUUUGUGUAUGGGCAGAGUCAUGACAUUGAAAAAAAAAGGCACCCAAGAGUAUCCCUACCCUCGGCAACACGUCUUGCAUUCUACGCCACGGUCAUCAUGGACAAUUUUUUGUAAUGUAUUUUGUAACUAUUGAUCUAUAGAGCCUCAUGGUAGCAGCAUGUGCUGAUACUUAAUCGAAUUAUUACCUACCA